AUGUCGAUGCUAUCAAUCCACCUGGAGCAGAUUGCUCUCUCCUGCGAGGGUAUCGAUUCCCUCCCGUUCCCGCCUCCAAAAAUCUUCACAAACGCGAUGCUCUACAACGCCGAUAUUACCUCCCUCAUCCGCGACACUGAAGCUCACGAGCGCGCUCUCUUCUCCGUCCCCCCUCCCCCGCCGUCGCAAUCCUCUUCCGCCUCGCAGAACACAGACUCAAAACCAGCUUCCGGCCGACGCCAGACCGUCUUCAACGUCGCCUCAGGCGAAGUCACUACAGGCCCGCCCCCAGGAAGCUCCCGCAGCGGCGUCGGCAAUAUGGGUGGUCCCCGUCGGCACACCGCCGUCUCUGCCGUGCUGGGCGGGGACCUCCACGCCCAGCUGCGUCGUGGCGAGCGUCAGGCCGCCAGCAAGGGUGGCGACGUCGACGUCGAGGUCCUCCUCAAGGGUGCGGCGAAGCUGUGCAGCGUAUACGCCCUGCCCGGCGCACUCGAGCGGAUUCCCCAGCUGCGGUCGCGGUACGCGCACCAGACUAAUACGCUCGCGUACUACGAGGCGAAGGUUGCCGAGCACCAGGCCUCCCUCGAAAGGAUGAACAAGGACCACUGGAUGAACGAGGGCGACGAGGGACAACAGGGCGAGCAGGAAGAUGAGGAUGAGGAUGAGGAUCUCAUGACAGAGGACGAUCUACGGGCCGAGGAGGAGAUCGUGCGGGAGCUCGACAAGAAGAAGCGCGAGCUUCAGGCGCGACUGCGGACGAUGGAGAAGGAUCUGGGAGGAUUGCUGAACAUGUGA